UGUGGCACAUCUGAGCACCCCAAGUGUCUGCAUGGGGAGGGAGAGGUGCUGUGCACCCCGAGGAAGUGAGGGAUAAGGACUUCAUCCAGCCCCACGGGAUGUGGUUUAACUUCCCACUGAACACUGUAAUCACAUGUGAUGCUGGACAAAGUAUUUAAUGGCCUAGAUAAAAGUAUUUGGGUUGUUUAAUUGCUGUUUUACAUAGACCUACUGCCCUACUUUUACAAGGUUUAGAAUUGUGCUGAGAAAUUGUUUCCAUGGAAGCAGAGAUCACUAAAGAAAUAAUGCACUUCACAUUUCCUACAGGAUUAUUCCUUUUACAGCCUGCUGUUGUAAAUAAUUAACUCUUGUAGUACUGCUGCAGCUUAGUGUGGAUUAAAAGAAAUAUUACUUUUUGGAUGUCAUAGAGGCAUUACAUUUUUUAACAUAUAUAUAAGUUGGAGAUAUAUAUAUAUAUAGUUGGGAAAACUUGUCUGUAAUCUAACUCUGUUCCUUCCUUAUUUACAGAGGGGAAAAUCCACCAGUUAAAGCAAAAGUCAAUGAAGAAGUGCACUUUUAUUUUGAACUAUAUUUCACAUUUGCCAUUUAAAUAGCACAAAAUAAAAUAUAGACAAGAUAUGAGGAGGUAGGUGAUAGUUAAAUGGAUUUUGACUUUGAAGGAGGGAUGUGAAAAUUAAAAAAAAAAAAAGGACAUUAUUUUAGUGUGGGUAAAUUAAUGACUUAGAAAUGGGAAAAGAGUUGCUAAACUAUGAUAGAAUCAUCAACAUGACAAAUUGACUUACCUGGCAGUUUUAAUAAUAGUUUUAGCUGUAGAUCUCAAUUAUUUUCCAAGAAAGUUAACUACAGUUAUUAUUACCUGAAGGAAUAUCCAGAUUGCGUCCUGCUUUGGCAGAGGGUAUUUACAUCCCAUUGCCAUGUGGAGCUCUGAUUUUACACCUAUUCUGAGUUCUGAACACUCCCUGGCUGGCAGAGUCCUUCCCACUGUGCACACAGAGCCACGACUGGAAGCUGGCACAGACUGGAAGUGGGGCAGUGCUCAGGUAAGCAGCACACAGGUAGGAGCUGACUGCAAGGCACAUGGCUGUGAGUGCAGGGCACACACUGCUCUGUGGUCAUUACUGGUCUCAAUGAUUUAUAAAGAGUCUGACAGAGUUCAAAACACAUGAAUGGGACUCACUUAAUGCAAACUGGAAAAUCUUUGCCAGCUCUGCCAAAGCACAUGGAAAUGGUAAUACAGGUUUGUAGAACACUGGGAGACUUGGCAGCCUCUGGAGUGUUCUGCGAAAAGCAUUAUUAGAGUUCAGAUUGAAAAAUUUUUUCAGAAGUAACAAACAACUUUAUAAGGGUAACAUAAGCAUGAAAAUCAGUAUUUCUAGUGCUGCAUUGGGAUGAGCAUGUGCCAAAGGAAAGGUGAGAGAAAACCUUUCCAUGCUGGAAAAUGAGGCUGCUCUCUGCAAAAGAGCAGCCAUCAACCUGGUCAGCUCUGGUUCCUCUUGAAACAGCAGCUGCUCCAGGCAGCAACCAUUAAACUCCCAAAGGCUUUAUUUAAUAAAGCUAGGAAAGUAGAAAGUCCAUAACUGAUAAGAAUAUAGAUAGUGGAAUGACAGAGAUGCUGUGCAGUAAAAGAAGUAGGAACAACCGUGAUGGAAGUGGAGGAGUAGGAUUUCCUGCAGAAGUGUAAGAAACUCCUUGAACAGCCAUUUGCAUCCAGUCCAUACAAAGUCUGAAGCAGGAAAAGGGCCAGCUGCUUGUCUUUAAUCCAUAAAGGAAGCCCAUGGCAGGAGCUUGGCUGCUGUCUCUUCCCUGUUGUUUCUUCAUCAAUCAGGAGCGAGGGAGGCAGCUGGAGGAGGUGCCACUCCCCGAGAAGUACAGGGAGCUGGGAAGCUGUUGACUGGGAUUUGGGAAGCAGAUGCCAGUUGUUUUGGAAGAAGAACCUGUUUGGUGGGUCUGAUUUGAAUCAAUAAAGGGAGCAGCACGCCAGUGUGUACGAAUGAGCAGCCUCCAUCAGUGGAUUAAAGCUUUGAAUGCUGCCUGCUGUCGCUCAGGACUUUAGCUGUGCUUUUCUCCUGCACUAUGGAGCCUCUCUUUGGGGUUGUGCUGGGUUUGAUUCUGGCAGUCGCUUCACCAGCCCACGACAGCUGUACCUGUGCGACCAACAAGUGGGCAGUGUGUGCCCAGGACAGCCCUGGGAACUGCACCUGCAGGCUGGCAGGUUCAGAUCACCCUGUGGACUGCUCAACCCUGACUUCUAAAUGCUUCCUAAUGAAGGCAGAAAUGAUGCCCCUGAAGGAGAAGCGCCUCUGGAGACCUCCCCACGGGGUGUCAGACAGUGAUGGCAUUUACAACCCCGACUGCGAGGACAGCGGUGCCUUUAAAGCCAGGCAGUGCAACCAGUCCAGCAGCUGCUGGUGUGUGAACACUGCGGGCGUGCGGAGAACGGAGAGGGGAGGCAGGAGCCUGAACUGCAGCGAGCUGGUCCGCACCAGGUGGAUCUACAUCGAGCUGACACACAAGAGAAGCUCCAGCGCCUUCCAUGCUCCUGAUGUGGCAAAGGCCCUGACACAGCUGUUUGAGAGCAGGUACAAGCUGCACCCCAAGUACAUUGCAGCCAUCAAGUACGACCCUCCACUCAUCCAAAUCCGCCUGGACCAGAACAAGAAGCCCAGGUGGGAUGUAGAUAUAGCUGAUGUGGCCUAUUACUUUGAAAAAGACGUCAACAAUGACUCAGUAUUUCAUUCCAACAGUAAAUUAAAUGUCUCGGUCAAUGGAGAUGCUCUGGCUAUUGAAAAGCUCUGGAUUUACUAUGUGGAUGAAAAGCCCCCAGAGUUCUGCAUGAGGCAGCUGGCAGCUGGCAUUAGUGCUGUGGUCACCGUGGUGGGCCUGACUGCUGCCAUUGGCAUUGCUGUGCUGCUCCUCCUCAGGUGGCUGCGCACAAGGACGUAUAAAAAAUUUGAGUGUAAAGAAAUGAGGGAAAUUAAAGCCCCAAGCUUAGAACUGCCCUGAGCUGAAAGAAGAAAGGCAACUAGAGGAAGAAAAGGGGAAAAAAAGACACAAAAUACAAAUAACAUACUCAGUACGUGAUGGAUUUAGAAUUUUUUCUUCCUACAAUAAUUUGUACAGUGACUGUUCUAAAUUAUUCUUGUUUAGUAAGAGUAAAUUUUUGGGGUAUAAAUGAAUUUGGGAGUCAGUUACCUAAAUAUUUUAAAUGACUCCUACUUUGGAGGGUAAGAAAACUGCUACAGCUGUCUAUUUAACAUAACACAGAAUGCUUUUACUCCUGCUGCAGGCCUGGCUCAGAUUGCUUAAAUACUUAAAUACUCUGUGGAGUUCUUGGUGUAUCUACUUACUGAAAUUAAAACACUUGCCUCAGCAUAUUUGGAGUUUUGCUGCUUUUCUCUUGGUAGACUUUUUAAAAAUGCAGUUUGUUUUUAGUUCAUGGGGUCUUAAAAAAAGCUUCUUGAAGUUUUUUUAUCAACAAAUAAUUUCAUAAAUAUUACUAAAUAACCAAGUAAGGUAAUGAUAAGAUACUCUGCAACAUCAGAGGCUUUUAUAAAGUGAUUUGUCAGGAAAUAUCCCAGGAGUUGGGUCACUUCCAGGUGAGGAGAUCCCAAGUUUGCAGGUUUGUAUUCAGGCAGCACAGUGAGCUAUUCCCACUUGUGCUCUUUAAUAAGGGUCUGACACUCCUCGUCAGCAAAGAUCCCUUGAUCCCCAUGCAAGUGUAAGUUAACCUUGGUGUUCUGCCCACAUUCCAACUCUGGUAAUAGCUUUCUGUCUACCUAAAUUCCCUGGGCAAUUUUAAUGGGAGGAGAUAUUUUUCAGUGUUGUACAGCUUCACAGAAGCACUACACAAUGCUCUGGGACAGGCUGAAAAAGAGCUUUAUCCCAGCUGAGCUGUGGGGGGAGUUUAAGAGCAGAGUGUAAUUACUGAACUUGGAAUUUGGCCAACACACAACUAGACUGCUUUGCUGCCUACUCAUCUGCUGCAUUCCUGGUUUGGAGAGUCAUAUCCACUGUGAAGAACAUUUUAUAGGAAAUAAUGCUGGUUGUUGAAUGUUGGGAUAUUGUCAGUUCCAUUUUCUGUGCUACAUAUGGAUGUCUAAGUCCAUCAUUCUCAUCUGCUUCCUUCAGCAGCACCUGCUCCACCUGGGCACUGCCACGGGGCCAGCAGCCCUUUUCUUCUCUGAAUUAGUUUCAGUGUUGCCCAUUUGUAGUUCUAACAGUCAGGAAUGUGCUACUUCCACAGCAAACCAUUAAAUAUUCAGCUCUAGUUACUGCAUGAAAAGGGUAGAGGCUUUGAUUCUGUUUCUGCCUUUGUUGAUAGACGCUGUUGGGUAAUAACAUUUGGUUCAACACACACCAUUUUCCAUUUGACCUCACACCUUUUCACUGCUGGAAAAUUCUGGGUACGUAGUUUGGGGCAAAUGCAUCACUAUUUUCCCAAAAUAAUAUUUUUAUGCAAUUGCAGCAGCAGCAUUAAUACAUUCACAGUUUUAGAGCAGGUCUAUAAUUCAUUGUGUGCCUUACAGCAACACAUUGAAGCUGGUUGUUUGUCAGUCAGGAACACACACUUGUCUGACAGAAGAUGAAAUGAGAAUUUGAGAUCUAGGCUGGAUCUUUCCAUGUCACAGGAAAACUCAGAACUUAGCCUAACUCCACACAAUUUUCAAGUAGCCGUUUAUAAAACAGACUAAAUUAAAAUCUAGAGUUGAGCAGCCCUCAGCUGAAGAAAUGCAUGAUGAGAAUAAAAAUUUUCCAAGUAUGUUUCUUAACAAAUUUCUUAACUUAUGCAGAGCAGAUCAAAGCCAUGUCUUUGAGAGGCUGGUGCUGUCCUUCAUUUGGGAAUCACGAGAUGUACAGUCUUUUCUGGAGAUCUAUGGUGGCUUUCACCAGUCUUUUAAAAUCCUUGCAUGUUUCUCUUUUCCAUCAUAGGAAAAGAUAUUUUUAAGGUGAAUUAUGAGAUUUUAUAUUAUAAUAUAAACACUUAGACAUAACAUUCAGUAGGAGAGGCAAAAGUGACUAGUUGAAAAAAAUCUUAACAGGUAAGGGUGUCAGCAUCUUUCUUUGGCUCCUGCUUUUCUUUUUAAUAGCUGAGAUUGAAAAGAGAGGCUGUUGUGGUGCCAUUCCAGUUCUCAUUAUUUGUUAAAGGACUGCCCCAUGAAAGCCAAGA